ACUUGCGUAAAUUGCCUGUACUCCUGUUGUCUUUAAGAGACUCAGAAAAGGGGACUGAUUAACGUCUCUUUCUCACUUAAUUGGAGUUGGAUUCGUCCCUGUGGGGCUACUGUAUUAGUCAGAAAAGAACAAUGCAAUGUAUUAAUCUAAAAAUUUUCAGCGGAUGUCUGUAACGUAUAGGCAUUGUUCAUAGCGGGUCGGUUUUUACCGUGGUAAUAAGUCUGCAGUCUGCACAUACCAAAACGCGAGAUUAACAAAGGAGACACAUAACUACUAGUGUAACUAUACAACAUCUUACCGAAUCCGCAACAAUGGCAGGUGAUUUGCGAGGUAUCUCCACCUCCAAGGCCCUCCCGCCUCAGCGAUCCCUACCGGGGACCCCAGUUUCCCUCAAGCACUUUCCCAUUGACUUGCGAACCUCCAUGGAUGGCAAAUACAAGGAACUCGCUCAGGAGCUGUUCACGCGAGACAGCGAGAUGCGCAGCGCCCCCUAUGAGUUCCCAGAGGAGUCUCCCAUUGAGCAGCUGGAGGAACGGCGACACCGUCUGGAGAGGCAGAUCAGCCAAGAUAUCAAGCUGGAGCCUGAGAUCCUGCUGCGAGCCAAGCAGGACUUCUUGAAGAUCGACAGCGCUGCUGAUCUGGAGCUACUGAGGGAGCAGAAUGAAGUACACGUAGACCACGCUUCAAAAGAGAAGGAGGUGACCCUAGAACGGGAGUUUCAGCGCGUGACCAUCUCUGGAGAGGAGAAAUGUGGGGUGCCCUUCACGGACCUGCUGGACGCAGCCAAGUGUGUGGUGAAGGCCCUGCUGAUCCGGCAGAAGCACAUGGCCCUGUCGAUGCAGGGCUUCUGCAGAACUACGUCGUGCUACCUGCAGGAGCUGGGUGAGAAGCCGCCAGUGCUGCGCGUCUACGAGGACAUCCCGGAGACACCAGUGGCCGCAGAUGCCCCUGUGCACCCACCGGUUUCAAAAACUCAUCCCUAUGAAGGCCAAGACCCCAAAAACAUGCCAGCAGACAUAGGGUACGGCCUCAGGAUGGUGGAUGGCGUGGUCCAUGUCUACACUAAGAGGAACACCCUUGAGAAGAGUACCGAGCUAGAUCUGCCGUACCCAGACUUACAAGAAUACAUCACCGACAUGAACAUGAUGAUGGCCCUUAUCAUCAAUGGCCCAGUGAAGUCCUUCUGCUACCGCCGACUGCAGUAUCUGAGCUCCAAGUUUCAGAUGCACAUCCUGUUGAAUGAAAUGAAGGAACUGGCAGCUCAGAAGAAGGUCCCUCAUCGUGACUUCUAUAACAUCCGCAAGGUGGACACGCACAUUCACGCCUCCUCCUGCAUGAACCAGAAGCACCUCCUUCGCUUCAUCAAGCGGGCCAUGAAGAAGAAUCCUGAGGAGAUUGUGCACAUAGAGCAGGGCAGGGGCCAGACUCUCAUGGAGGUCUUCGAGUGCAUGAACCUCACGGCCUUCGACCUGAGCGUGGACACACUCGACAUGCAUGCUGACCGCAACACCUUCCACCGCUUCGACAAGUUCAAUGCGAAAUACAACCCCAUUGGCGAGUCCAUUCUACGGGAAAUCUUCAUUAAGACCGACAACUACAUCGAGGGGAAGUAUUUUGCACACAUCAUCAAGGAAGUGAUGUCAGACCUGGAGGAGAGCAAGUACCAGAAUGCAGAGCUGCGUCUGUCCAUAUAUGGGCGCUCACGGGACGAGUGGGACCGCUUGGCUUUCUGGGCUGUCCGUCAUGGCGUCUACUCUGACAACGUGCGCUGGCUGGUCCAGGUGCCUCGUCUCUUUGACGUCUACCACACUAAGAAGCAACUGGCCAACUUCCAGGAGAUGCUGGAAAACAUCUUUUUGCCGCUGUUUGAGGCCACCAUCAAUCCCCUGAGCCACCCAGAGCUGCAUCUUUUCCUCCAGCAUGUGGUGGGCUUUGAUAGCGUGGAUGAUGAGUCCAAGCCGGAGAACCACAUUUUCAACCUGGACAGCCCCCUUCCAGUUGACUGGACGGAGGAGGACAACCCACCCUACUCCUACUACCUCUACUACAUGUACGCCAACAUGACCGUGCUCAACCACCUGCGAAGGAAGCGUGGCUUCCGCACCUUCGUUCUGCGGCCGCACUGCGGAGAGGCGGGGCCUAUUCAUCACCUGGUGUCGGGAUUCAUGCUUUCCGAGAACAUCUCGCAUGGCCUCCUGCUGAGGAAGGCCCCGGUGCUGCAGUACUUGUACUACCUGGCCCAGGUGGGCAUCGCCAUGUCGCCCCUCAGCAACAACAGCCUCUUCCUCAGCUACCACCGCAACCCCCUCCCCGAGUACCUGUCCCGCGGCCUCAUGGUCUCCCUGUCCACCGACGACCCGCUGCAGUUCCACUUCACCAAGGAGCCGCUGAUGGAGGAGUACAGCAUCGCCACCCAGGUGUGGAAGCUGAGCUCCUGCGACAUGUGCGAGCUGGCCAGGAACAGCGUGCUGAUGAGCGGCUUCUUCCACAAGGCAAAGAGCUAUUGGCUGGGCCCUGGCUACUUGAAGGAAGGCCCUGAGGGCAAUGACAUCCGGCGCACAAACGUGCCCGACAUCCGCGUGGCAUUCCGGUUCGAGACGCUGUGCGAGGAGCUGCAGCUCAUCACCCAGGCUGUCCGUACCGCAGAGCUGGAGCCCAUCCCGGAAGAGGACAGCCUGUCCAUGGCUCCACUCCCAGGGGGACGAUAGGCAGCCUCACCCCGUCCUCUCCCUCCCCCUCAAACCAACAGGGAAGGCUGCCACCUCCUGGGCAUGAAGAGUACUGCAUGCUCACAGCUCAACCUAUAUCUUGACACCAACUAAGCAACCAGUGUCAGACACAGGCUAGGCCUGUCUUCCGGCAAGGGUGGCUGGCGUUAGCGAUUAUUAUGCCAGUGCUCUGUGUGUGUGGGGGGGAGAGAGAGAGAUCUGUCUCUGCCAGCUGCUGUCUCACUACCUCCUUUCUUCCUCACUGUGAAACUGUUUCGGCAAGUUAAUAAGUGACAGCAGUUUCUAACACUGAGUGUUGGACACCUUGAAAGAUGCAUGAAGGUAUGGGGUCAAAUCCCACUCCCCUCCCCCCCGUGCUGCUCUUCAUGACGCACAUGUGUUUAUUGCACCUGCUCGCCCCCCCCCCCACCCCGUGCCCCACACAGGCUGUCUUAUCCCUGUGACACAUAAUAGGUCCAUUAUAAGUAGUGGUCACGCUCUGGGAGUUUUAGGGGGGGGGGGGCACCCCUGGGAGGAGGAACCAAUCCUGAUCCACAUUCCAACACAUAACAGGGUAGAAACCCAAGCAUUUUAUGUAAAUGUUGAGUUUAGAAACCCCGUGUGUUCCUGCGUGUUUUUUAUGCCACAUCUCUUCUCCAUGUCCCCAGUUCUGACCGGUGCAGUGUUUCUCGUAAGCUUGCUGUCCGCCCACUAAUGGGCAGCCCCAGUUAC